AGUUUGUCCGAAACGUUGUCUGUUCGCUCUCGGUACCUGCUGGUUAGGUCAAGUGACUUUCAAGCUGAUUUUUAGGCACCAUGGAUCUUGUUUUGCACCUCGCAGACGACUAUCUCCUUGACAAAGUAUGGGCGCGCCUGCUGCCCCUCGACGACCACCUGUAUGCUUCCCUCCCCACGUCUGCAAACUUCACGUCAAUCACGCAUCUUUCACAAUCUACCUGGCCUCGUGAUUACAUUCCUAGACAAAUUAUUUCUCUCAGCGUAAUCACCCUCGUGGGCAUUCACAUCCUCUAUUUCUUGUUCGCGUGGCUGUCAUACAAAUUCAUUUUCAACCAUGAGAUGAUGCGCCAUCCACGCUUCCUAGAAAAUCAGGUCAAACAGGAGAUUCAAAGCAGUAUACAAGCAUUCCCUGUAAUGACCCUUCUCACCCUGCCUUGGUUCCAAGCGGAGGUAAUGGGUUACUCCAAACUCUACGAUAAUGUGGAAGACUAUGGUUGGGCUUACUUGGUCCUAUCAGUGCCACUCUUCUUGUUUUGCACCGACUUUGGAGUUUACUGGACGCACCGACUAUUGCAUCACCCGAGUGUAUAUAAAACACUCCAUAAGCCUCACCACAAGUGGAUAGUACCGACCCCUUUUGCCUCUCAUGCUUUCCACCCUGUAGAUGGCUACCUCCAAUCUGUCCCAUAUCACAUCUUCAUAUUCACAAUCCCUCUUCAUCGAUUGCUAUAUCUUGGUCUCUUUGUUUUCGUCAAUAUUUGGACCAUUCUGAUCCAUGAUUCCGAUAUGGUUACGGGACACGCCCUUGAAAAGGUGAUAAACGGACCUUCCCAUCACACACUCCAUCAUCUUUACUUUACAGUGAAUUUUGGUCAGUACUUCACUUUGGCAGACCGUGUCGGUGGCUCAUACCGCCAGCCCGAGUCGUCCCUCGAUCCCAUGCUGGAGAUCAAGAAACAGUCAUAAAAACGAUGAUGAUAAUCGCAGCGAACAUAUAUUAUCAUCCAAUUAUAGACUGUCAUGCACCCUAGCCGCUACGUAUGGAUCAUCUACUCGCUGAAGUUAAUACUUGUCAUAUAUUUUUUUUCGCGUUGCAUACUUGCUUUUUCGUUGAAACCACUUGAACUUUUAAUGAAAUAUUGUGUUGGGUUGUUCGUUUGACCCCCGAAUUCAGUGUCCACCACACAGUCGGACUAAAUUUCCAUUUAUCCACGGG